AUGGUACAAUUUAACAUAACACUCAUUUUUAUGGCCUAUGCAUCUCCUGGGCCACUCAGUUAUGGAGUUUUCUUUGUCACAUUUUUGACUUAUCUCGCUACAGUGUUUGCCAAUGUAAGUUUAAUGCUGAUAAUCUACUUGGACACAAGUCUCCACAAGCCUAUGUACAUAUUUUUAUUCAACUUGUCGAUCAGUGGACUAAUUGGAAGCUCCACUGUUUUGCCUAGCAUCAUGAACUAUCUUCUUGAUGAAAUGAAAUAUAUUUUGUAUAGCAACUGUUUACUGCAAGUAUUCUUUGUCGUAUUUUAUGGAGGUUGUGUAUAUGGAAUAAUAACAAUUAUGGCAUAUGAUAGGUAUGUGUCUAUUUGUAAACCACUGCAAUAUCACAUUAUAAUGACACCAACUAAAGUUAGAAUACUUCUAGCAGUCGUUUACAUUUUUUCUAUUUGUUUUUUAGCUUUACAAAUGCAUUUUACUUCAAGCGUACCUCUGUGCAGGUACACUAUAAACAAGCUGAUCUGUGAUAACCUCGCACUAGUCAGUCUGGCCUGUUGGAAGAGUGCACUUGUAGACCUGUAUGGUUUGGUUGGGGUAGUAAUUUUUGUUGUUUUUCCUCUGGCAUUGGUCAUUAUGUCAUAUGUAAGAAUAUUAUUUGUUAGUUUGAAAGCAUCAGCAAAUGCCAAGAAGAAAGCUCUAAAAACCUGUGCCCCCCAUCUAAUCACAUUUAUUAAUUUUUCUUCAGCCAGCCUUUGCUCUGGGAUAUACAAUCGACUUAAUAACAAUCUUCCAAAAGAGCUUAAUGUUUUCUUGUCAGUACAUUUCAUUCUGAUUCCGCCCCUCCUGCACCCACUUAUAUACGGGAUGAGAACUGAAAAUAUUAGAAAAAGUUUCAGAAAAAUUCUGCAGAAAAGAAUUUUUGCCUCUGACAUUUCACAUGGAAUUGGAGCAUAA